GAUUUGGAAUCAGCCUCACUCCACUGGCGGAAGUACACCUGGCUGCUGGAUGCCACCGACCUCGGAGAAGAAAAAGACGACGAAGAAGAAGAGUUGUAGAAGUAGCAGGAGGCGGAGCCUGUUUGUUGACAUCGGGUGAAAUCGAAAAUCAGAUGAGUGAAGGCUGCUGAUAAUUAUCAGUUUGUCGCUACUACCGGAACGCGAAGCCUUGGCGAGAGCUAAGGUCCCCUGCACUGCCCCGUCUUGAUCUGAGCCAGAGAAGAAGAGGCGAACAUGGCAGCCAAAGCAGGAGACAACCCCGACAGCCUCAUGACUCUGGCAACUGUCUUCUGCCUGAGGAACCUGAAGAAGACGAUGUGCUACCAGGGCUUCAGGAACAAGCUGUGCCUGCGCUCAGACAUCUUCCUCCCCAGCGAGAUCUGCGACAAGCUGGUCAACACAUACAUGGAACUGGUCCACACAGACAGUAACUUUGAACCAGAGGAGAGCUUCUUCCAGCUCUUCUCAGAUCCCCGGAGCACCAGACUGACCCGGGUGCAGCUCAGAGAGGACUUUGUCCGUGACAGAGACCUGGAAGCCAUCAAAAAACAGGACCUGAUCGAGCUCCACCUCACCUACUGCAACAACCUGUCGUCCCGCAGCUUGAAAGCACUGUCCUGCUUCCGCGACACUUUGGUGUCUCUCUGUCUCUUCGGCUGCAGCAACAUCUUCUACAGGAAGUGCGGCGCCCCACUCGCCUGCAACGAGGACACAGACGAGGACGAGGAGGAGAGCCCCGCCUCUCGGCAUGCUUUAGAAACAGACUUUAACUUCCAGGGAUUCAACCGGCUCAGGCUGCUCAACCUGGGUGGCAUGCCGAAAGAGCUGGACCCCGAGACACUGCUCAAACCCCUGAAGUCGCUCACCUCGCUAGAUCUGUCCAAUGUACAGUUACUGGGGACAUCUUUUCUCACCCAGUGGAGGGACAGACUGGCCUCUCUUGUUCUCUACAACGUGGACCUAUCCGAGGAGUUGAUCAGCACAGUUUUGGAGCUCGUUAAUCUCAGGCACCUCGACAUCUCCCAGGAGAGCAGGCGGAUCUCAAAGUUUAAGAUGACCAAGAAAAUCCUGACGGCCAUCGUCCAGCGUCUGGUACACCUGAUGUCCCUGGACAUCUCGGGUCACAUCAUGCUAGACAACUGCACAGUUCCACACUUUGAAGAAGCGAUGGGGCGUCCGAGCACUGAACCGUGCAAGAGCAGCAUCUACCCUUUCCAGGAGCUGAAGAGGCCCCUGCAGUUUCUGGGCUUGUACGACACCACCCUCUGUAAUGUGACGCACAUCCCUGCCUAUAAGGUGACUGGAUCAAAGAAUGAAGACCAGGUCCUGAACGCUAUCGAGGCUUACACAGAGUUUCGCCCUGAGCUCGCCCACAGAGCCAUCAAUCAGCUGUUUGACAUCGCCAGGAUACAACAUUGCAGCCAGCUGCUCCGCGCUCUGCAGCUUGUCAUUGCAGCACUGAAGUGCCAUAAAUACGAUAAGAGCAUCCAGGUGACGGGCAGCGCUGCUCUUUUCUACCUGACCAACACCGAGUACCGCAGCGAUCAGAGUGUGCGGUUACGGCGGGAGGUCAUUCAGGUGGUGCUGAAUGGGAUGGAGCACUACCAGGAGGUCACUGUCCAGAGGAACUGCUGCCUGACUCUGUGCAACUUCAGCAUCCCAGAGGAGCUCGAGUUCCAGUACAGCCGCGUCAACCAGCUGCUGCUGAAGAUCCUGGAGCCGGCCCGGCAGGAUGAGUCCAUCCAGAGAAUCGCCGUGCACCUCUGCAAUGCUUUGGUCUGCCAGGUGGACAACCACCAUAAGGAGGCUGUGGGCAAGAUGGGAUUUGUGAGGACAAUGCUGAAUUUAAUUCAGAAGAAGUUACAGGACAGAAUGUGUGACCAGGUGAUGGAGUUUUCCUGGAGCGCCCUGUGGAACAUCACAGACGAGACGCCCGACAACUGUCAGAUGUUCCUGAACUGUCGGGGCAUGAGCCUGUUCCUGGAGUGUCUGCAGGAGUUUCCAGACAAGCAGGAGCUUCAUCGCAAUAUGUUGGGUCUUCUGGGAAACGUGGCUGAGGUCAAAGCUCUGAGGCCACAGCUGCUCACCCCACAGUUCAUCACAGUGUUCAGUAACCUGCUGGACAGUAAGGCCGAUGGGAUUGAGGUGUCGUACAACGCCUGUGGAGUGCUGUCGCACAUCAUGUUUGACGGGCCUGAGGUUUGGAAGAUGGAGGAGCCGCGGAGAGACAUGGUGAUGGAGAAGAUGUGGGAAGCCAUCCAGAGCUGGGACGUCAGCUCGCGGCGCAACAUCAACUACAGGUCAUUCGAGCCGAUCCUCCGACUGCUGCCUCAGAGCAUCUCUCCUGUCAGUCAGCACUGGGCCACAUGGGCUCUUUACAACCUGGUGUCAGUUUACCCAAGCAAGUAUUGUCCUCUGCUGAUAAAAGAAGGAGGAAUGACUCUUCUGGAGAAAGUUCUGGAGCUGGAGAGUUCACAUCCGGACACAAAGGACAUGGCCCGAAAAGUAAUGGAGCACUGUGAAAACUUCAAAGAAGACCCGAUGGAAACAAAUCCCGGACAGGAUGCAAACUUUGGACAGAGAGGGUGACGCCAAGGGAGCCGAAAUUCCCAGUAAAUAUCCAGAAAACCAACCUGAGGCCCCUCCCACCAUCAUCACCACAAGGGUCAAUUGUGUGCAUUAUUCUUAUAAUUCUUCUUUUGUAGAGUUAGAACAGUGUCUCUGACCCUCCUCACAGCAGUUUGAUAUUUGACACAUAGAACUUAAGACGUGGUGCAUGGUAUUUUGUCGUGAGGGUGUUUACCUCUGCUGCACAUCUCUUCUGUUGGGGGCAGGUUUGUGGGGUUGGGUGACUGUUAUUUCUCAGUGUGAGUGUGAGUGUGUUUGCGUGUCAAAGGUUUAAACCAGAACAAAACAGCCGUAGUGAUGCUCGGUUCUCAGCGGACGGCAGCGCCAGCCGCCCCCAGCUCGCUGUCGGUAACCGAACAAAAAAAAAAAGGCCGCGUGGCGAGUCGGAGGCCUCAGCUCACACUCGCUCGUGCUAGCGAAGGCCGCGGAGCCGUGGGACACAUGUACAGUGAAUAUUAGCCAUUAAGUGUGCGGGCUGCAGACCUCGCAGCUCUGUGAUGGACUUCUUUGUUUAUAUAUGUAAAUAUUAUGUGUGGGUCUCAUCCUUUUACUGUGUGUAUGUUUUAUAAUACAACUGUAAACACUCAUGACUUUACGCUGUAUUUAAAUCUCUUUAGGUCUGGCUGAUUGCAGUCAGUGCUAAGAAACUAUACACAGAAUCAUUCAUAGCAGUCCUGUAAACUCUUUAAAGGACCAUUCACAUGUAAUUCAGCCUCCCGUCUUAAAGGUACUCAAACUGCAGAUUCCAGCUUUUAAAAUGAGUUUAAAGUUAACUCAAGGUAACAACAGACUGUAAAGAAACAGCAGUUCUGACAUUAUGUCCAACGCGUCUGUGUGCUGAGCUACAGAGAUAUCAGCUGAGGUUUUAAUGGGGACAGGCUGUACUGUUGUGCAAUACUUUGAACCAAAAAGUGCAGUCGGCCAGUGUAGCAUCCUUUUUUUCUAACAUUAUAAAGCCUACAUUCUUUCUAGUGACCAGCAGGGGGCAGCUUCUUGGGUUGGGGGAAAAAGGCUUCUGGUUGUAUAGAAGUCAAACUUGAGUUGAUAUCUCUGCAGGUCCAUACGUAACAACGUAGUAAUUUCUUCUCAUUCUGUUGGUGUUUGUGAUUUUUGUUUAGGUUUUAAACUCUUUUUAAACAAAGACUUACAACAAAAAAGUACCUUUAACCAGUCUGGUAACUCUUACUGGAAGCAGCAGUGAGCUUUAAACUAAGAGGGAGGUGAAAUUAAUCAAAGCAAAUACACUUCAUGGACAAAUGUAUGUGGACAUUAAGGCUUCCGGAUACAAAGUGAUAAAGCCUCUAUACAAACAAAGAGCUACUGAUGACAGACAGUAAGAAUUGAUCCCUGCACAGGCUCUGGGUGAAUUGACUUGGACAUAUACUGUAUAUCAAAAGAUUCACAUAGCCUUUUGGGCAGACAUGUGUUACUUCUAAUGUCCAGCAGGGGGUGACUCCUGUGAAGUCAGAUUAUAGAAGUCUAAUGGAAAAAAGACCCAGACAUGCAGACCUCGACUCUCAUGCUUUGUUUUACAGCACUAAACAUGGACUGUCAAAUGCCAGACCUCAGUGGUGUCACAUUCAGCGGUUCUACAUGAUGAGAAUCUCCAUCAGUGUCAGUACAGCUCUACUCAACUCAGUAAAAUAUUCAGCAAUUUUCAUUUCAUUAUUAACAGAGUUGAGUCUUCUGGAAGCCCAACACUAAAUUAAAUGAAACAACAAUAAUCCAGUACAGCUGGACACCUAAACACCUGGAAACGCAGGCUCAUGGAAAGCCUUUGGAGUUCCUCUACAGGUCUACUCACGUGUCCACAUACUUGGCCUUUACUAGAGCUUUGAUGCUUCGUACUGCUCUCUCUGUGGUGUUAAAAGCCCAGAACCCUCUGAACUCCCUGGUGCUUCCAGUGGUCCAGAUGAUACUAAAAGAGAGGAGGUUGGAAGAUAAAGGGUUAUCCUUUGAGGACACCUGACGGCCCAUCAUGUUUAUUGGUCGUUCAGCUUGCUGCUAAAAUAACUCCUUCACUUAAAUCCAACAGUUUUAUUUUGAAAAGCUAAGGGGAGGAAAAUAAAACUGCGUGUUCACUUGUAUGUUCGAAACUGGUGAUGGGAUCUUUAAAAAAAGACAAAAAGAAAAUCACAUCUGACUUGUUUCAAAUUAAGGUUUAGUCAUCCAGAAGGAAGGGAGGUUAAGUUUCAUGUUUAAUCCCCACCCCUGCUGACCAGGUUACGGUUAAACUUAACACUUUAACACAUUUAAACACAUUAACAACAACCAGACUCUUAAUUUCUCCUCUCUGUUUGCUGUAGUGUCCCUGAAGAUGCCCUGUGGAGGUCCCAAGGUCAAUUUGUUUGUUUCACAAUAAACAUUCAAAAGCUGAAUAUCUUGAACACCUGAAUCAGAAAUGCAGGAAAAGUGUUCUUUCUUAGCUCAACAGCACCCCUAGUGGUGGAAAAAAGAAAGGAAAAACCUCCACAGGGCACCUUGAAGAUGUCUUUGAGUUUAAAAAGUUCCUUCACUGGCAUUUUUCGUCUUGUAGCUUUAAAGAUGACUUCAGGAAUUUCCUCUUUUAAACGGUAUUCUUAAUUUAUUAAGUAACUAAAACUUUACUUUAUUAAAAAAAUUAAAAAAAAUAUGUCAAUCUCAAUUCUGAAAAGUUGCUUUUAGCUUAGUAGGUGGAAACUUCCAAAUGCAGAUAAUUCUAAAGAAUUUUAGUGUUUUUACAGAUUUAAUGUAAUUAUUUAUUUCUAAACUGCAGUUUCAGGUUGUUGUAGUUUUUUGUUUGUUUGUUUGUUUUUUUAAAAUUACAUUAAUCACCAUUAGCAGAACCAACCAAGUAAGACCAACAGCUUUGGCAACGUCACAAACCACCUGGUUACAUCUGGCUGUUUGAUUUUAGUGUGAACAGGACAGUUGGCAUUCGUUUCCUUUUUUCCUGCUCGAUUGGUGCUGCUCCUCUAGCACGAAGUUGUGAAUAAAUCCUUCGGUAUCUUCUGUCACAUCAGUUCUGCUCCUCCUCGCACUCGCACUCUGAUGUGUGUGUUUUUUGUUGUUGUUUUUUUGGGGGGGGGUUCUGAGGAAAAACUUUGAACCUUCAAAAAUAUCUGUUAAACUGCGAGAACUACAAACAGUACAGGAUGGAGGACUGUGGCUCUUUAAUCGAAAAUAAAUAAAUAAAUAGGUUCUAAAUCUAUAAUUUUCUAUCAUAAACUAACCAGUUUAAUGUCAGAGGAUAUUACAGGGUUUUUUUUUUAAUUAUUUUCUCUCCUUUAGUCUUUAAAUCAAGUUUUUAAAGCAAAAUUGGUUCCUACCUCAGUUUAACAUUGGUCAGUGUGACUUUAAUAACCUGAAGCUAUAUAUAAUAUAGUCCAUAGUUUAUUUGUUCAUUUCCAAAAAUGUAAAACUUUGAAAGGAAAAUUUCAAAGGUUUUUACAACCGUAAUCUCUGUUUCAUAAUGUUUCUUGCAAAUUUAAGACAUUUCUGAGGUUUUUGUUGGACAUUUGAGUUUUAUAACCUCAACAAAUACUUCAGUGCUUUCUUAGAAGUGUACUGAGAGACUUUGUUUUUAACCAUCAAAGAAUAUUAGUUUUUCCAUCUCAAAUUUAGAAAUUCAAACUUUAUGACCUAAAUACAUAUUAGUUUAUUUUCUUUUAAUUUAAAUUUGAUUUUAUUGUAUCAAAAUAAUUUUUUUUUACUAAUUUAUAUUAAAGUUUUGUCCUUCCUGUGAUUUUUAUAUUUUCACAGAAUAUCAAUGUAGUUUUUUUGGUUUGCAAAUAAGCAGCAAACCUAGGAAACAAUAUUAGAUUUUCAUUUCUUUUUCUUUUUUUGACUUUUUGUCUCAGAGAUCAGUCGUAUCCAGUGAAUUAACAGCUUUAAUCUCACAGCAUUUUUGAUAUUUUUACAAAUUUGAUUUCAAUAAAAUUGCAGUUUUUCUCACAUUUUUUUUCAACCAUCUCAGAAAUGUUUUUCUUUAACAUUAAAAUCUAGAAUUUCAUAAUACCUCAGAAUAUAAGAGUAGUCCUUACAGAUUAUGCCUCUCAUUGUAAGAAUAUUACAGUUUGUUCCCACAACGUUGCGACUUUAGCUUCAGACUUUUCCUCUGAGGAUAAUCGCCCUUCCUCGGCUCCUCUUUUUAAACCUCAUGUAAUGCCCCCAAACACUUAUUUAUUCUUUGAAUGCAGUUUUACGUCAGUGAUUCGUUAAUUCUCAGAAUUGAUUUGAUGCCACUUUAAUAAAUUGCCUGAGCGGGGCUGGAGGAACAGGGAUUAAGUACUGUCUUCACUUCAUGGGGUGAAAGCGGCGCUGAUGCUGUUAACAGGAUUUAGUUGGAGUGCAGUUUGAUUCACCAGGCUUCUGACGCUGGGCUUCCCUCCCAGAUGACGCCAGUGAAGGAACACAUCACCAGCUGUCCUGUUUCUUGUGGUUUAACGUUACAGUCCUCAUGCUCAUGAGCGGUGCCUGACUGAUGGAUUUAAGCUACUUCAUAUCAGCCGCGUCGGUUUUCCAACCAAACGCGCUUCCUGGUUCUCGUGUACAGUUUUUCUUUGUGUGAUUUCAGGGAUCAGAUUGGUGCAGGUCUCUGUUGCUUUCUCACGGUCACCAUGAUGAUCAUGAUGAUUCAGUGUGUGUGGAAGUUGAAUAUGAGGAGGACUUGAUGCAUGAUCAAAGCUCUUUAGAGUCGCACAGAUCUUCUUUCUCAGUCGCCUGUUCUGUUCAUUGAAUGUCUCCAUUUAUGCUUUCUGGACACAACAUUAUUCUUUGGGUUUGACUGUUCUUUAUUUAUGAAGAUGUAUGUACUGAUAAUAAUAAUAAAAAAAAAACAGAGAGAGAGAGAACUGCUGUGUGGCAAAGCCUUUCAGAUUUCAUCCACUAGGUUUCCUGUUUGUCCACACUCUGUUCUCAAUUUGUUUUGUAACUGCUGAUAAGUUUAGUCCAAACCGAAGUGAAGAACUUUGGAUCCAGACAGUUUGGAGUUCCACGUUUUCCUGAUCACAGUAGUUCCAGGACAUCGGUGUAAAAAUAUGACAAAGCAAUAAAGAUGGAGUGGUUUAAAAAAUAAUGUGUUUUUUUUUUCUUUGCUUGUUUGUUUGUUUGUUUGUUUUAAAUCCUCAAACAUUUAGACCAGCGGUCCUCAACCUUUUUUUGCGCCACAGACCCUUUUAUGUCUGUCAAUAUUUUCACGGACUGGUCUUUAAGGUGUCACGGAUAAAUACAACAAAA